CUUUGAUUGGAGUCUUCAUUUCAAAUGGGAGCAUAUGUCAUCAGAACAGAAGUAUAAGAGAAAAGAUCCAACAAUGCCUAUACAGACGCCAAUGAUUGCGGGAGGUUUGUUUGUGAUCAGUCAUGAUUGGUUCGAUAAACUAGGAAAAUAUGACGGCUUGAUGGACAUCUGGGGAGGAGAAAACUUUGAAAUCUCUUUCAGAGUGUGGCAGUGUGGAGGUAGUUUAGAAAUCAUUCCAUGCAGUCGGGUAGGACAUGUCUUUCGCAAGAAACACCCUUAUACAUUCCCAGAUGGAAAUGCUAAUACUUAUAUCAGGAAUACGAGAAGGACUGCAGAAGUAUGGAUGGAUGAAUUUAAGGUUCUUUUUUAUAAUGCUAGACCUUCUGCAAGAGGAAAAUUUUAUGGAGACGUGAGCGAAAGGAAGGAGUUACGGAAACAGCUGAAAUGCCAAUCAUUCAAGUGGUACCUAACCAACGUAUAUCCUGAGCUCAAGAUUCCUGGUCCUAAUGAGUUAGUAUACGGUCAGAUCAAACAAGGUAAUACAUGUUUGGAUUCAUCACCCCAUCCCACUGGCUCGGCAUGGCCUCCUGUUAUGGCUAGAUGCUCAAAGAAACAGAAACAUCAGUCUUGGAUAAUAACAAAAGAUGACACAGUCGAGCAGGAUUCUAUGUGUUUGACUGUCACCUCAACUCAUGAAGACUCACGGGUUUAUAUCUCUAGCUGCAUUCCAAAUGAUAUCAAACAGAAAUGGACGAGAAUGGAAAACUGUCUCCAGCAUACUCUAAGCAAAUUGUGUCUUGAUAAUCAAAUACCACAGAAAGGUCUUAUAGUCAAACAGUGUAACGAAGACUCCAAAACGCAAUCCUGGUUUAUACUACCAUCUUCCACCCUUAAUAGAGAUGAACACUCGCUAAGGUGACCCUAGUGGAACAAGGUCAUAUGUCUGAUCAGGGAGGUAUUACAGGACUAGCAAUUUCAUGGAUGGGGAAAAAAUGUUAUUUUUAUAUUUCAUUAUGAUAUAUCACCUUUAUUGUGCAUUCUACUGUAUGCAUAUACACAUAGUCAGAUUAUAACAGGUUUUGAAUAUCGGAUUGUGCCAAAUAUGGAAAUAAGUAUGUAUAUUUCAGCCUGCAUUCAUACAAGUUUCUGGUGCUUUUGAUAAUGAUUAGCUGCUGAUGUAGACAUUGUUUAUUUUCUUUUGUUAUUUUAUAUUAUUUGUAAAUGAAUAGUAUGUCCUAUUUGUUAUAUACUUUAUUUUUUGUAUUGUUUUGUAUGUAUAGAUUUAAUAUAUUAGCAGUAGACUGCUAGUACCCUUCAUUGGACUGGGGCUGAAAUAAAACAACUCGACCUUUAGAACAAAAUGUCAGAUGCAUCAGAUAUUGCUGGUUCUUUUAACCCAAACCACUUCUGUUUUUUACACAACUUUACUGUGUAUCAUUUUUUUUCUUCUAAGUAGAAAAGAUAAGUUUUAAACAUUUCAAUUGCCAAUCAGUUUUCUUUGAUGGUAUUCUUUGUAUGGUUUUACAUUUUAUUUGAAAAUGCUAUAAAUGUAGGAUAUUACAUUAGCUAAGAAAUAUGGUGAUGAUAAUAGUAUCACAUGAUUUUUACUGCAUAGCAUGUUUAGAUCGAUAUUCUUUGACGUUAUGAAAUUAGGCAUUGCUCGCCAAGCUUGCCAAUAUUUUUGCAUGUGACUCAAUUCACAUCUUGACGGCAUUUCAAGAAGUUAGCGAAAAUAGCAGCUCAUAGAUGUACAGUAAUAGUAUUUCCUGUAUGAAGAGGCUACAUAGUAAGACUAUCUUGACAAGUAUGCUUCACAGACAAUAAUAGGAGUUGCGCUUUCAUUUGAUUUUGUUCAUUCUUAGGAAUUAGAAUUUUAUUCUUUUAGAGGAAUGGUAGAGCUUAGCAAGUGGUCAUUAGAAAAAAUUAUUUUAAAUGAGCUAUAUCUCCCUGAUCAGAUUUUUUUAUAUAUGUAUAUUUGAAUGCGUAUCUCAGGACAAAAGAGGUUUAUUGUAAAAAGAAAAGUGGUUAAUUCACUAAUGGGGUUACCCUGGGUAAACAAAAUAAAUAAAAGUAUGAUCCUCUGUUCUCCGAGGCAUGUACAAUGAAAUUCAAAUCUCAAUUUCAUCAAAAUAAUAUUGUUUCAGCCAAGAGGUUGUUUUUUUCUCUUUUGUUUUUAAAUGACCAGGUUAAAGAAAUAUUCAAUUAUGUAGGACUUGAAUCUGGAAUAUUGAUUUCUUCUUCCAUGAAAAAUAGUUUGGAGAUCAUUCCUAAUCCUGCUAUUCCACUGUAUGUACAGAAUAACAGUAGUUUGGAUUUAAAAAAACUUCUGGAAUGUCAGAAUUCAAGAUAUUUGAUGCAAAUUACUCACAUAUCUAAUUGUGUUUACAUCUUAUAUUUCAUGCAAUGUCAUUUAUAAAAUUUUUAAUUUCAAUUCAAAAUGGAUCCAAAACUCUAAAGAUAAAUCAUUGAAGAUACUGAAGCUUGAGAGGAGACGUUUACACUGACCGGAUGCUCAGGUGGAUUUGAUAAAAGCAGAAAUUUUAGAGAAAAAAAGAUAUUGAAAGGUUGCCGAAAAUCCAUUGAAUUAGAAGAGUUAUAAAUUGUCAUAAAUAAAGUUAUAAACAAAGUUUUUAUUCUGUGAAGUCAUCUGUUUGAGUCGCUGCUGUUCAUGAUGGCAGAGCAUUUUAUCACAGUAAUUUGUAUUCAACUAUGUGUCUGAUUAUAUAUUAAAUGCUCUCGAAAUAGUCGUUUUUUUAUAUAUUGAAAAAAAAAUAUUUAUGGGAUUUUUAUCACAAGAAGAGGAAGUUGCUCACAUGAAAUUUCAUAACUCUUUCAGUCUCAGAUGGACUUUCAUUGAAACAUUAAUGUUGUUUUUUUCUGCUUAUAUCCAAACAUACUUAAUGUCAGGUUGAACUUUCCCUUUAAGACAUAAAAAAUGUAUGUAAUAAUAACUUUACAGAUUGUAUCGUAUCUCAUGUGAUGCAGUCAUGCUUGCCUACUUGCAAUGUAUGCACUAUGUGUAUUCUAUAUUAAUUUCUUUUAUUCUAUUUUUCCUUUUAUGAUUUCUUGCAUACCUUAUUGUGUACAUUUAUUUGUUGGUAAAAUAUAUAUUAUUCAUAAACGCUUGGCUAAUAUUACCUGGUAUUGAUAAAAUGGCAUGCAUCAGCUGCCAUUGUAUAGUUUAUUAAAUUGAAAAGAUUUAUCACUAAAUCUUUUAAAAAACAUUUAUAUAUCAUAGCAGUUUACAAGGAUUUUAAUGAAUAAUUAUUUUGUUUGGUAUCCCCUUUUUUUUAACUUUGUGAAUGAAAAUUUUGAUAUCCACCAUAUGUAUAUCAAGCGCAAAGAAAACCGUUGAUUUUAAUAAACAAUUAUUACAGGUAAGUAUAUUCAGGGAAUUUUCAACCAGUGCUUGAACAUUUUAACUGGCAAUUUGACUACAGUAAAUAGUACUGCAAAGUUUUCAUUUUAUGUUGUAAAUUUGUUGUAUUAUGUAGUUAUUUUCAAUACCCAAGAGAUGGAAUAACACCAUUUUUAGAUAUAUAAACAUUGAAAUUAGACAAAAGUGCAAGUUGAUGAUAAUACGCCUUAAGGAUAUAAGAUUCAUGAGUUGCUCUAAGAGCAGAAUGAAUAUUAUUAUAUGUUGGAUUGUAUAUAGAAUGGACACUUUGAGUGCAAAUUAUUUUAAACAACAGUGCCAUUGGUGUAUAUGUCUUCCGUCAGUUGAUGAAAACUUAGUUAAUAUAUGUGUACUUUGAUAACAGUAUCGAUAAUAAUCCAAUCUUGCCUGUAAUUGUCACAAGACUGAAUAUCUGAAGGGUUUAUUUACAGGAUUGCUGAAACCUAUGAUUGUUGUGAAGAAUUGAAGAAAUGAAUUUUAUCCUCCAUUUUGGGAAUUAAUAUUUGCUAUAAGAAAGGUUAUUUAUUUAUAAAAUGACAUGAUAUUUUGUGGUAAUUUCUGUUAUUGAAAAGGGUACAUAAGGACAUUUUGGGGCCGGGGUAAAAGUAAGCAUUUCAUAUGAAGGGUAGUGAUCAUUAUACCUUACACAUUUUUUUUAAACUGAUUUGUGUAUUGUAAGGAAUAUUUAAUGUUUUUGUGCAAUUACAGAAAUAGAAAAAUAAUACAGAUAUCUGAUUAAAAAAUCAUUUAUUUAAUGUAUUUCAUUGACAUUAAAUAUAACAUGGAAUGUACUU